AUGCCUGCUCUCACAUUCACUACUCCUUCCACGACCAACGCUCUCAAGCGUACUUCGUCUUUCUAUCACCUUAAUCCUUCAAAGGCUGCCCGCAUGUCUCUUCGUCGCACAGCUUCUUUUCUCUCCUUGUCAGACUAUGACGGUGACGAGGAUACCUUGUUACAGUCUAGCCCCUCUUCAUUUUACGCAAAGUCGCAACCCCCUGUCAUUCCCUACAACCGCACUCUGUACCACUACAAGGAGCAGCGUGAAGCGGCCCGCCCCGAGUUUACCAUUGCCCCACUCUCCACGAAGCAGCCUGCCAAGUCAACCCCCCAAAUGCCGAAGCCUCGCCAGCCAAAACUAAUGCAGGGGCUGCGAACCUCCUCCCCUUUAUCACCCAAUCAGAAACUUCUCCCGCCCCGCGCUUCAUUCCCUCGUUCAAAGCCUGAGCCGGACCUGUACCGGAUCGCAAUCAGAGCCCGUAUGCGGUGCUCUCCUGAAGGCGCGAAGAUUCUUCGCAUGGCCGCUACCCGGGACCUCGAGAUGCUUGUGUCCACACAGGAGGUGAACUCCAGUGAUGACUGGGAAAUGCUUGACUGCAGUGCUUGA